UUGAUUGCAUUCCUCUUGUAGAAAAUGCACUAUUGUUUCAUUGCCACUCAAUGUACAUAUUUUAUGAAUCAUCACACUUGAUAUAAAGUAUUCAAAAUUAAGUAACGUUAUUCUGAAUUUCAGUUCUAUUUUCGUCAUCUACAUGAUGGUCAUAUAGUCACUAUUGUGAACCCUUGAACUAUUGUUAACUCACUUGACUAUUUCCAACAGUUAAUAAGAGAAAUAAUCACAAUCCAAAGAAUUAAAAGAGCUUGAUUGUCCAAAAGACCAUACUGCCUAAUAUAAGGUUUAGGUAUUUGGAUGAUCAAAGACCGUUCAAAUGAGAGCUCCAUUCAGUCAGUGAAGAGUAUGAAUACUGUAAUCAUUGUUGCACAGUACGGAGAAAUUGAGAGAUAGAGAAACAAUGUUAGUACUAAAUCAUGUAUUUAUUUAUUACUAGAAAGUCCUCUUUAGGAUAUGAUGGCAGAUCAGUAAAUCAAAUAACAAUCCAUUUGCUCCUCAAAGUAACAUGAGUUCUAAAAUAACUUAUAUUCACUUUGAAACUGAUUUUAAGAUAUACUUGAUCAAAAUUAUUCUCUCAUACAGUAUGUACAGCAAACUCUUCCCAUUAAAGGUCAACCUUUGCGUGGCUUUAGAUCUGAAUCCAAGAUGUUUGCAUCAGUAACUCCUCUUAUAUCCAAUGUAUGAUUUAUGUUAUAUUGUUUUCCAAUUCAUUCACUUUAGUGACCUUUUAAAGGCAAUGUGGGAAAUACAAAUCUUGGAAUGCCUGAACUUCCGUGUGGUUUUCACAGUGACCUGAGACGUUUUAUAGAUUUGGUCCUUUAUUAAUACACCCAAAUGUAGUAAAUACACCCAUUUUUGUGAUGUUGAUGUGACGUCUUUGCCCAGUGGGAUGGCAAUUGCAAAAUCGUAUAACUUUAUUUCUAAAAUCCCUCAUGAUAUUCUUUCUAUGUCUAUCCCCUGCCUUUGUCACACCACAUUUGCCAAAUGUCUCUCUUCCCAGCACCUGCCAUGCCUGUCAACCUUCUACUCUUCCUCCUCCUCUUCCUCCCUGUGUGUCACGGCUGCCACACUGGCUCCUUCACCGAAUGCCAGAAGGCUCCGUUCGUCCCCGGCCACAACCUGGCCGGAGAGGGUUUCAACAUCGUCAAGAUGCAGACCUCCGGCGCCUUUGUGGUGGAUGUGCAGAAGUUCAUGGUGGGUGGGCACGACGGUAACUGCACCCUGUGCACCAACACUCUGAUGGACGGCCAGGUCCAGAAGUUACCGCUCUCCGUACUGGACUGGCGCACAAAGGUGAAGUGUCGUCGGAGCCUCAGCAGCCAGAUGUACGAGUCGAGCACCUCCGUUCUAAAGGAGACCGCUAACGCUGCCAGCAUCAGCUGGAAGGCUGGCCUGGGAAUCAAGGGCAUUGCUGGGGUUGCUGUUGGAGGCACACACUCCAAAACUGCCAUGUUCGCCAGAGGCCACUCCACCAAUGACAAGUUCUCUUUUACUAGCCAUGAAUUCAAAUGCAAAUAUUACACCUUUCGCAUCCGAACCCAGCCCCCUCUGAGCCAGGAGUUUCAGGACUCCCUAAAAAACCUGCCCAGCACGUACACCCACAACACACCUGCCUACAGCCAAUUCAUCUCCAUCUAUGGCACCCACUACAUCCGCAACGUGCACCUGGGGGGGCGGGUGCACUCCACCACAGCCAUACGCACCUGUAAGAUGGCCAUGAGCGGCCUCUCCCUCCAUUCUGUCAGCAACUGUCUGGGGGUGGAAGCCAGUGGCACCAUCAAAGGUGUCACGAUCAGCGCCGAGACCAAGUACUGCAAGUCCCUGAGCAAUAAACUGAAGACAGGCGUAAGCUUCGGAGCCACCUUCUCGGACCGCGUCACCGAAGUGCAGGGCGGCAACGUCGAGGUUGAGGACAUCCUCUUCAACCCUGACAAGAAGUCUGGCUAUAAAACCUGGCUGAAGACCCUGAAAAAGGUCCCUGGUGUGGUCUCCUACCAGCUCAGCUCCCUGCAUUUCCUGGCCAGAGACAACCCCAUCCUUAAGGCCAACCUGCGCAAUGCCAUCAGAGAGUACAUCCAAAAUUACUCUGUGUCCACCUCCUGCCCUUCUGCUUGCAAGACAGGGAGACGCAACAAAGGCUGUGCCUGUAUCUGUAGCGGUCACAGGAAUGUGGACUCCAACUGCUGCCCCAGUAAACCGGGCGUGGCCAGGAUGAAUGUGACGGUGGUCCGAGCUACGGGGCUCUGGGGCGACUACUUCUCUAAGACAGACGGCUAUGUCAAGGUCCUCUACGGAAAGCAAGGCGGUUCCACUCCUGUGAUCUGGAACAAUGACUUCCCCCACUGGAACUAUAGGAUUCAGUAUGGAACAGUGGAUUUGAAAAGUAAAGAAACCUUGCGCUUUGAGGUGUGGGACCGCGACAACAGAUGGAACGAUAACCUGCUAGGAAAGGGCUCCAUUACCCCUCAAAGGGGCAUGAACGUCAACCAAAGUUUCAAGUUGAAACACGGCACUCUUUAUGUCUCACUGUCUGUGGUUUGCGGCCCCAGCCUUAAAGGAGCCUUCUGUGAUCAGUAUGCCCCCUCACCUGGGUCCCAGGGUAGGCUGAGUUACGUCCAUGACUGGGACAGAGCGACAGAGACGUUACCCACCCUCUUCCAGGGUUCUCACAGGACCUUCCUGUGAACGGUGCCCCUCAUGUUAAUUUACUUACUUAAUUAUAAUAAUAUAAUAACAUAUGCCAUUUGGCAGAUGCUUUUAUCCAAAAGGACUUACAUAUAUUUUUAGAAUAUGUGACCCCAAGCGGGAAUCAAACCGACAACCUCUAACCAAUGCUCUUACCAGCUGAGCCUCAUAGGACUAUUUUCUCCUCUUCACUCUCUGUGGAGCAUAAGGCCGCAACAACACAUGCCAUGCCAGACGGUCCUUUGCCGUUUUCUCUCUGCUUCACCUUUGUGACAUGAGGCUAAUGGUAAAUCAGUUUUUUUUAAAUGCAUUAAAUCGAUAGGUCAACCAAUUAGCUUGCGUUGACAAGCUCUGUCUUUCCUUUCCAAGGCGAUAAAAUGAUUCAUUGUUUCAGGGUUGCCUCUUACAUUCAUAUAUUUUUUCUUUCUGUCACAAAACUAAAUUAUUUCUCAAUAUUGACCUUUUUUUUGUGUAUUUUUUGUUGCACAAAUCUAUGUAGUGUCUGAUACAUCCAAAUAGUUGGGGUUUCAGUAUUACUCGUAUAACUGUGACACACAAAAAAAACUUAUUGAAAGUAAUGUGAAAUGAGGGAUUUUAGGUCUACUUGAGGCCUGCUUGAAGAGGAACAUUACCCAAGUGCUUUUGCUGAUUCAUUACCACCCAGAUGAAGUGGGUGAGACCACUGACUCUGGAUGCGUCGCAAAUGGCAUCCUAUUCCACUUCUAGUGCAUUCCUUUGACCAGGGCCCAUAGGGCUCUGGUCAAAUGUAGUGCACUAUAUAGGGAAUAGGGUUCCAUUUGGGACUCAUGCUCUGCAUUAGACCAAGGUAACAGGAACAUGACCACAUUCCUCAAUUGACAUGACACUUGGCAAUAGCUGAGAAAGCAAAUGUGGCUUACAUACAGUACGUCACUUACAUUUAGUUUUCACUGUAUUUAUCAUUUUUUUGUAUGUUUAUGUUCCUUUCCUUUCACAUUUGUUUGCAUUUUCUAUUUUCUGCUUGUACUGUCAUUCAAUAAACUGAGUAGACCUAU